GGCAUUCUUAUUGGACGUUUCUCCGGCUGAAUAAUCAGGUUGGGAUAGUGCGGCCGGUGAUGUAUGGGCGGCUCAUCGUGUGGGAAUGGCCCGGGACAGCACGGAGUCUCGCUUCCUGGAGGUGCUGCACCGCUUUGGAGGACCGCAACGCGUCCAGCUAGUCGGAGAACUGUGGGACCGGGCGGAGAGCCGGGCUCUGCUGGAAGGGUUUCUCAGGGACAUAUUCCCGGCUGAGCUUCCUCCUGGGGCGGACAUACUGAGGAGUAAGGCGGCUCAGCAAGGCAGUGAGAAGGGACACCUGUGUGAGGGAAGCCCGGGGCGCGGCGGUGAGAAGGCACCCCUGUGUGAGGGGAGCCCGGAACACGGCGAGAAUGGAGCGGGACCCCGGUGUGAGGGGAGCCCGGAACACGGCGAGAAUGGAGCUGGACCCCGGUGUGAGGGGAGCCCGGAACACGGCGGGAAUGGAGCUGGACCCCGGUGUGAGGGGAACCCGGAGCGCGGCGGUGAGAAGGACCCUCAACGCGGAGCCCAGCCUGCGGUCCCCACACGCCCCGCCCCUCAGCCUAAACCAGAGCGGACUUUACGCUUCGGAUUGGUGUUCUUCCUGUGCCGGGCGGAGACUUUGAGACUGAGAGGAGCGAGCCGUCAACUGCGGGAGAUACUGCGGGACGUCCGGGAACGAAUGCCGGCAGGUGGCGCUGUUAUCGGAGUGAUCAUGAAGACGAAGAGCGAGGUCAAUGGGCAGGAGAUAGGGGUGCUGUGUGAGGAUGGGGGCUCUGAGGUCUCCUCUCUCCUGGCCAUCCUGCAGGCCGUGUUCCCUGAGAAGAGUCGGGGGAAGCUGUGCUCAGAGGUCCGGGCAUGUGUCCUCCUCCCCGGACAGGAGGAGUCCAGGAGAGAGAUCCAGAGGCUGGCCUGCGAGGCGCUCACAGCGGCAGAUGAGCUGAGAAAAGUAAAGCCCAAAAUGAAGUCCCAAUGUUUCUCAUGGAGGAGAAGGAGAUGGAAGGACUGUGUAGAGAAGGAGUUUGUUCAAGAAGGAACCGCUUUGACAGUGUUGCAGUAUCCCAAUGGAGAUUGUACUGAGACAACUGAUGCCUAGUAUCACCAGUGAUGUCUCUCUGCCUGGAAAUAACUUCUAAAGAAUCUGGACAGCAACCUAAGACAUUCCCAAACUAGGGCCUUGUGUAUGAGCACGUUAUUACUAAAUGUUAUUUCCUUUGCAGUUGUCAAUUACUGCCAACACACUGGAAAGUGAGAGUGAAUUUGCCAUCUGCUGGGUAAUAACUUUUUUUGUACUGAGGACUGUGAAAGGAGUAUUAUGUGCAUGUCACUGCUCUGUCUGUUGUAUCAGGAUGGCCUCUAUAGUUUAUGUACGUAGUAAAAGAACAUAAAAAAAAACCUAUCUAAGACGCUGAUCAUCUUGUGAAGCUGCUGAACUAUGGUUACAUAUGUAAUGUUACUUUUGUAUACAUUUAUGAUUUAUAAAGAAACAUAUCAAUGGCAAAUUAAGUUUAAAAAAAAAAAAA